AUGGACAAGGGAAAAGAACCGAUGCGAAAGGAAGGUGCCCCGGAAAAUUCCGCAAAGAAACAAAACGCCCCCAUAGUAAUUCCAGACGAGGAACGUUGGAUGGAUGAACAACACACCCUCAAAGACGGAGAAGAGCAUCUGGAGGAAAAAGUCCGCCAAGUCAUGAGCAGGCUUGGAAUAAGAUGUGAAGACGUAGACAUCUCUCUUCGAAGUGACUCACCACUUGCAGAUUUCAUCAUCUCUCACGAGUUCCCUACAAAGUUCAGAUACCCUCCAAAUUUAGAAUCAUACGAUGGAACAGGCUGUCCCAAAAGCCAUAUUCACAAAUUCCAAGCGGUGAUCAAUGUUCAGACAAACUUAGAUCACGUACUGUGCAAGCUUUUUCCUACUACCUUAAAAGGUCUGGCGCAGGAAUGGUACCAAAGUUUAAAGCCAGGAUCAGUGCUGACGUUCAAACAAUUCUCAGGACUUUUCCAGGCUAGAUUCGUAGCAUGCAUCCCUCAAAAGAAGCUAUCCACAGACCUGCUAGCCAUCAUGCAAUGGGAAGGAGAGACACUCAGGAAGUAUGUAGAAAGAUUCAAUAAGGAGGCGAUGCAGAUAGAAGACCUGAGCCAGGAGAUCGCCUACACAGCAUUACUCAAUGGAACUACCAACUCCGACCUACGAAAGGAAUUGUUGGCUAAAUCACCAAAAUCUUUUACCACACUGAUGACCAUCGCACAUACACAAAUCAGAGUGGACGAUGGCCAGAGAGAGAUAGAGAAUCGCCUUGGACGGGUAGAAGAACGAACAUUUGCAGAAAGAAGAAAUGGGGACAGAUCGCCCACAGGAAAGAGGUUCGGCGAGAAAGGCAACGACCAUUUCAGAAACAAAAGGAAAAAAGACGAAGAUAGGCGAUAUACGCCCCUAAACACAACCAGAACCAACGUACUGUUUUGGGUAAAAGACAGCCGAGAGAAGGUCAGAUGGCCAAGGAAGAUGAACGCUGCAUCAGCCAGCAAAAGAGACAACAGCAAAUAUUGUGAAUUUCACAGAGACAACGGCCACACCACAGAUGAAUGCUGGCACCUGAAGGAAGAGAUAGAAAAGCUGAUAGAAAGGGGAUCCCUUUCCCAGUUCGUAAAAAGGGAUACCGAAGCCAGAGAGGCGGAAUCAGAAAGAAAGAAAGAGCGGAAAGAAGAAACCGCCAGAAGACCCAGACCAGAGCCAACAGGCGUGGUUAACGUAAUAAUGGGCGGAUCGACCGGAGGAGACAACAAUACUACAAGAAAGAAAGCUGCGAGAACAGUCUACUCAGUUAGCCCAGGUGCACCAAAUGCUAAGAAAUUCAGAAGCGAAGAUCUUCCUAUUCCUCGCAUUCCAUAA